UAAUUCCUGCUACGUAGCGUUGCGCGCGCCACUGUCUGAACUAACCUUCAAAAUACGCUACUGUAUUUCUGAUUUUCUCAUUGAGCGUUCAGUGUUUGUUGGGGUCACCGUUGUUAGUUUUUUUCUCGUUUAUAUUUAAAUCUGUAGUAAUAAUCAUCAGCAAACAUGUCUUUGGACGAGCAAUUCAACAAAGCUGCAGAGGACGUGAAGAAAUUGGCCUCAAAACCCUCAGACGAUGACUUAUUGGAACUUUACGGUUUGUUCAAACAGGCUACAGUCGGAGACGUGAACACAGACCGUCCAGGACUGCUGGACCUUAAGGGAAAGGCCAAAUGGGACGCGUGGAGCGGUCGCAAAGGACUUGCCCAGGACAAGGCCAAAGAACAAUACAUCGCUAAAGUCAAAUCACUGGGCGCCUAGUCCAUAUUCUACAUUGCCUUAUUUAUAUUAAAGUUUUAUAUAUACACCUUUUGCAUUCAAACAUACACAGUUACUUAAGACUGUUUUAAAUUAUUUGCAUUUUGACACUAUUUUAAUAAACCUGUUUGUUAUA